CCAUCCUCCACAGUCAUGCUACUCGGUUGGACCCUUUUCCUCCUGAGCCUUGCGCCUCUGCUCAUGGGUCAGCAGCCAGACUGCGUCAGUGUGACUCCGGCCUUCAAUGACACCAUCCUAGACCAGUUGUCUGGCAAGUGGUACUACAUCGCCUCCGUAUUUGAGUUCCUUCCAUACAAAGAAGAGGCCCAGAGUCUCCAGUCAUCUUUCUUCUAUAUGAUCCCCAAUAAGACAGAAGACAUAAUUCUAGCAAAAGAGUACAAUACCAUUGGUGACAAGUGUGUGUAUCAGGACUUUGAGCUCCCCUUCAACAGAACCAAUGGGACCAUUUUUAAGAUAGACUCAACUAAGCAACAUUCUGCCCAAGUUGCACUGACCCAGGACCUGAAUGCCCUGUAUUUUGUCUACUUUGCAAAUGGAAAAGUUCGUCCAGGAUUGGCUCUUUGUGUUCGGACCCAGAAAGCCUCUGAGGAGCAGCUGAAAGAAUUCCAAAAGAUGGCCAAGUGCCUGGGCUACCAAGAGGAGGCGUUUUUGUUCACGGAUUCGAGCAAGGAUAAGUGUGAGCCAUUGGAGAAGGAGCACAAUCAGAAGGAAAGAAAGGAAGCCAAGGAUGGAUUCAGGACAGAAGAGCUCUCCUAGACCAGAAUGGCCCUGCUCUUCUGGGACUCCCUUGUCAAUCAACCCAGAGACCAGUUAAAUAAACACAAUCACUUUACUCCAAGCCAAA